ACAAUGGCAGCAAUCACCGUUGACUUUCAGCUCUGCUUCAUCUUCAUCCUCCUAGGAAUCUUCUCACUCUUCUGUCUCUCUGCUUUCUUCUUCAAGAAACCAAAAGACCCACAACUUCAAGGCUGUGGUCUACCUCCGAGCCCACCCUCUCUACCGGUCAUAGGUCAUCUUCACCUUCUCCUCUCUGUUCCAUGUCUCAAAUCCUUUCAGAAACUCUCCUCCAAGUAUGGUCCCCUCCUUCACCUUCGUGCAUUCAAUAUCCCAAUAGUUAUAGUCUCUUCCGGCUCCAUGGCCAACGAAGUUUUGAGGACCCAAGACCUGAACUUUGCUACCCGUCAACGUGAGGUUUCUAUAAUGGAAAAAUCAUUACUUUUUGGAUCUUUUGGCUUUGUCUCAGCUCCUUAUGGAGAUUACUGGAGAUUCAUGAAGAAGCUCUUAGUCACAAACCUUUUCGGGUCUCAUUCCCUCGAGCAGACACGGCUCAUUCGUGAGAAAGAACUCAAGACUUUCCGUACUAUGUUGUUCGAUAAGGCGGCAAAGAAGGGGACAGUUGAUGUUGGUAAAGAGAUGAUGAAGCUAACGAAUAACAGCAUUUGCAGGAUGAUAAUGGGGAGGAGGUGUUCAGAGGAGAACAGUGAAGCAGAGAAAGUCGAAGACUUGGUGAUCAAAUCAUUUAGUUUGGUGAAGAAGGUCCUUAUAGCUAACACGGUUGGUCGACUUCUCAAGAAGUUUGGGAUCUCUCUGUUUGAGAAGGAAAUCAUGGAGGUCUCGCAGAGGUACGAUGAAUUGCUGGAAAAAAUUAUUAAAGAACACGAAGAGGAUCCGAACAAGAAAGAGGAUAGAGACAUGAUGGAUGUUCUGUUGGAAGUUUGUGCAGACGACAAGGCUGAGGUUAAGAUUACCAGGAACCAAAUCAAAGCGCUUAUUGUGGAGCUUUUCCUUGGAGGCACUGAUACUUCAGCACAAACAAUACAGUGGAUAAUGGCCGAACUCAUUAACCAUCCCGAGAUUCUUAAAAUAUUAAGAGAAGAGAUAGAAUCUGUUGUCGGAACAACGAGGUUUAUUCAAGAAACAGAUCUCUCAAACCUGCCGUAUUUGCAGGCUGUGAUGAAAGAAGGACAAAGACUACACCCACAUUCGCCAAUGUUGGUGAGGAAUGCAACCAAAGGAUGCAAGAUUGGAGGGUACUACAUACCGCAGAACACAACGAUGCUAAUAAACACCUAUGCGAUGAUGAUAGAUCCAGAUUCAUGGGAAAAUCCAGACAAGUUUCAGCCCGAGAGGUUCAUGGUGUCUCCUUCAAAAGGGAAAGACGAUGAGAGAGAACAGCUAGCUUUGAACUUCAUUCCUUUCGGGAGCGGAAGAAGAGCAUGUCCAGGAGAAAAAUUGGGCUAUCUCUUCACUGGAGUAGCCAUUGGAACAAUGGUACAGUGUUUUGACUGGAUAAUCGAUGGAGAUAAGGUUAACGUGGAAGAGGCUGGAGAAAUGACGCUGACCAUGGCUCAUCCACUUAAAUGCACUCCUGUGACUCGAGUUAACCCAUUAGCUAGCUUUGAAUCUGAAGAUCCUAAGUGGUUGAUGGAGGAGUUUGAUAUGUAUUGUUGAAGUUGCAGACAUAUGUCUGAAACUAAUAAUGGAACAUGCUGUCUUUGUUUUUUCAUAUGGAGUUUGAUCACUAAUAUUGUUGUUUCAUAACAGAACUUGUUGUCUUUAUGUAUUUCUGCUGUUUCACAACAGAACUUGUCUUUAUGUAU